GCUCCUCUCGUCUUCCAACAGGAUGCAAAACUUCUCCGGAGAGGAAGAAGGGAAGCAGCUCCUCACUGUAGUCAGAUCUUACUGCCACUCCCUUCACGCCUGUUGACUAGGUGGGUUAGUUAGACACUAGUGCGACUCUCCUCAGCCUGUUGUCUAUUAGGUCUAGGUGAGUUAGGCAGGACAGAGUGAGACCAUGGCCAACUCAGCUCUGGAGAUCAUUGGCUUGUUGCUGUCUCUCAUCGGUCUGAUCGGGACCGCAGCCAGCACGGGGAUGCCCAUGUGGCGCGUGACGGCCUUCAUCGGCGAGAACAUCAUCGUGUUCGAGACGCGCUACGAGGGUCUGUGGAUGAAUUGCUUUAGACAGGCCAACAUCAGGAUGCAGUGUAAAGUGUACGACUCCCUCCUGGCUCUGCCUCCAGACCUGCAGGCGGCCAGGGGUCUGAUGUGCUGUGCCUUGGCUCUGGGAGGGGUGGGGCUGCUCAUCUCUAUCCUGGGCUUACAGUGCACGGCCUGCAUCCGGGACAACGACCGGGCCAAACGCAUGGUGCUCAUCGUCGCUGGCAGCAUGAUCCUCGGGGCCUGCGUCUGCGUCAUCAUCCCAGUCUCCUGGACGGGUCACACGAUCAUCCGUGACUUCUACAACCCGCUGCUGAUCGACGCCCAGCGCAGGGAGCUGGGAGAGGCACUCUACAUCGGAUGGGUCUCCUCUGCCUUCCUCUUCGCCGGUGGCUGCAUGUUCUGCUGCUGUAACAUCAAAGAGGAUAAAAGACAAGACAACUACAUGUACUCCAGGAACAGCCCUAGUCAAUACAUGUCUUACGCCCCUCAACCACAGUACCAGCCCCAGUACCAGCCCCAGUACCAGCCCCAGCCUCUACAGAGGCAGCCGUCCAGUAGCAGCUACCCCGGGUCCAACCACUACCCCUCCAGGUACCCCUCGGAACGCAGUGCUGUGGCUUACCUCUGAGUGUUGUGGCUAAAGGGGAAGGAAAGGGACUUAGUGUUUUCUACCGACAUAGAGGAACCGAUGUGUUCUUACGAGUACGUUUUGAAAAGAAGCCUUUCGGUUGUGUUAAAAGAUGAAUAUCAGCAUAAAGUAAGAGACUAAAAUGAUUGUAAUACACUGUGAAACUCACAAAGAGAGGAUUAAUUUUAAAAUUAUCAUAACAUGUUGAGGGGAAAAAAACGUGUCUAUCGGAUUUGUUUGUAAGAAAUCUGUUUAGAGAUACUAAAUACACUUAUAAUAGGUUAACUGGUUAACUGGUUAACUGUGAACUCAGAAAGAGAAGAGUUUGAGGAAACCUUCAAUCCUAUUUUUUAACAUUUUUAUUUUGUAUUAUCCUUUGUUUCCAUAUGUGUAUUUACUUUUGUAUUGGUGGGGUGUAUAAGGACACGUUUUUAUUUUAGUGACGUCCCUAAAGAUUAUUUGUGUAAAUAUAUUUACAAAUUGUG